AUGCAACGGCUCAAAGAAGAGGUGGCUGAAAAGCGCCACCUGGUCAUGGGAGGCUUCGAAUUAAAGGUAGAACAUAGGAAUUUAAUUGAUUCUCAUGCGUCAGAAGAGCAUAUCCCAAGCUUCCUAUCGUUCAGACGUUGGGUGAACAGCUUUAGGGCAAAAAAGAGCUACCACCCCUGCCAGCGUCUAAGAUACGUGGAGGGCUGGUCGGAUAAUACGCAGGCACGCUGUGAUAAUACUAAUGCAUUGCCCUGCGGAGGACAGGAUCUACAGUGGGAAUGUCUCUCCGGUCACUCAUCCAACCUGGAGACUAUCAAGACGAGUACCUUGAGCGUUGCCAGUCAAAGUGUAGCGAGAUCGAGGGGAACCACCCAGAGUACGAAUCGGAGUGUCGGCUCAGAGCUACGUGGGUCGAUAGAGAGCCUAAGACCAGCAUUGAGCUUUACGAUCGACGAAGAAGCACAAAACCGGGCUGUUAAGCGACGGAAAGUUCUUCGAGAGAUUAUUACCACUGAAUCUGACUAUGUAUUUGGGUUGAAAGCUCUUAUCAAUGUGCUUUUCCUUUUCUCCACAAGACCGGAGAUCUACCACAACCUCCACCAAAUUCGAGAACUACACGAAGACCUUCUGGCACGGAUCCGCAAGGUGACACCGAUGUCUAGCCUUGCUGCAGAAGAAUAUGACAGAUUGGUACCUCAUGGCGUACAUGGGCGCUUCAAUCCUACCGAUCUAAGCCCGAGAGCACUUCGGAAUAGAUCUAUGAGAACAUGUCAUUUUAAGAAAUCUGUAAUUUCGCGCUUUAAAGCACUUGCAGCAGAAGCGGAUGAAGCACUGGAAGUAGCGGUUGAGAUUGGGAAACUACCAAAGUCCUUCACAGCAUAUAUGAAUUUCUGUAGCAACUACGAGCAGCUAACGGAGGAUGUGGAUAUUCUACGUCGAUCAGUGCCGAACUGGUCGGUUUUGGAGAAUGGUAUUGAAGCCUUGUCAAAGUCGGUAGCGUCGAUUGAGUACCAGGCCCUCGAACAUAACAAAUCAAUGCUGUUGCAUGACCUCCUCAUAAAGCCGAUCCAACGCCUUUGCAAGUAUCCAUUACUGCUCCAAGAGUUACUAAAGUGGACCCAUAUCCAGGAUGACCCGACUGCCCAUGACGGGAUUCACCAGGCAUUGGAGAGCGUUCGUACGAUGAUCAAUCAAAUCAACAACGCACCUGGUAAUCCGGUCAACAAAGGGAUGGUUCAGAAGACCCUAUUAUUACAAGAGAUGCUAAGGCUCCCCAGGCUGGUUGCUCUUCAUCACAUUUACAAACAAUUGGGACCCAUGACCCUUUGUGGAGUGCUCCAUGCCACAUAUCAGUCUUCGACGUGCCUUGCCGGUGACUAUAUGGUCUGUGUCUUGUUCAAGAGCCACUUUUUGCUAGCCAAAAUCAACAAUGACGAUCGCAGCUUAGGGGUGGUCGCGUGUUUGUAUGUCUGCGAUGCGAAGAUCGAUACCCUGAGGAAUGGAAAGGGCCUCUGCUGCCAUGGGUGCUUUUUCUCAUGGAAAUUGGUUUUUCAAUAUCAAAAUAACAAAUAUGAGCUUGUUUUGAGCGCCUCAUCCGCGUACGAAGAAAAACAGUGGAAAACGGAGUUUCUCAAGUCGGCCGCAAUAUCGGCUGAUAUGCAAAGGCCGGUGUCCUCGGAGCUGCGAGGAUAUUCCUUCUUGACCUUGGACUUGGCCCCUCUGGAUCAAGUGUUGAGUUCCGAGCCUUCAUUCUCUCGUACGGCCUCUGUCCACUCGGUAGCAAUUUCGCGCGUGGAGUCCGACCUGCAGCAUGUAGUGAUCAAGAGAACGCACUACCCACACAAGCAAGGACAGAUUACCCGUCAUAUAGAUGGCGAACAAGACCGAAUAAGACUGGAAAGAGUUAUCUCUUCAGUGUACACGCGGGAAUGCCUCCCAUACCCUGGCAUGAGCCUAGCAAAAGGCGACAUUCUCUUUCGGCCCAGUACAAUUAUGAGGCGCUUUACUGUCCGUCCGGGGGCCUACAGACGUUCAAGUUCCGUGAACCUUCCUCGAAGCCAGUCGGUCGUUGAGAAACCUUACUCUACCAGGGAGAUUACCCAGCGGAAAUGGUCCAACGAUAGUGACAAAGACGAAGCUUUCCGCGCCAAAUGGGGGUUUGACGAUGAGAAGCACGUCGACAGUUUUCCCAAAUCCAGCACGGGAACCAUAAAACGCAACAGGCAAGGGAGACGGAAGUUGUGA